AUGUCGGGGCCGUCGGACUCGCCGGAGCCGCCGCAGCUCGAGCGGCGGAGCCUGCUGGCCGUGUGGCGGGAGCGGCGGAACCGCGCCGCAGAGGGCCGGUUCCCGCUCCACAGGCUGCUGGUGGUGGCCCGGCCGGGCGAGGGGGCGGCGGCGGAGGAGGUGGCAGGUCAUCACAGAGGACUGUUUGAAAACGCAUUAGAAGACCACUCAGGAGAACGUGUCUCGGGUCUGCUACUGCUCUGUCCCAGCUACAUUUGUCACGUAUUAGAGUCUUGUAGUAGCACAAUCCAUCUCGUCAUCCAAGAUUUAGCUUCUCUCCAAAAUCAAGGUCCUAAUGCUUUACUCCAGGAAAUUAAAGUUUUAGUGGUGGCACACAACAUCCCCACCAGACUGUUCCCAGACUGGUAUGUGGCAAUAGCGACGUCUCCCGUGCCAUCUCCACAAGGCUCGACGCAGUCAGAUUCUACAGCAGAGGUGGUGGCAGAGUGUCUUACCCUCCUACUCAAGCUGGCAGCCUACAUCCAGAGUCUGGAGGAUGACAGCGAGGAUGCCGAUGAGAGUGUACACACUCUUGAACCCGAGCUGCUAAUCCCAGCAGAGACAAUUAACUAUUUGCACAAUGCUGAAGAAUGUACAAGUCCAGAAGAUUUUCUGAGAAUUUAUUUAAGUCCUUCGCAGCCUGUCCUGGAUUCAGAAACUGUAUGGCCUGUUCCAUCUCAUUUCUCUGUGUGAUCCAGGCUGUAUCCAGCAUUUCUCUUUGCAGCCAGGCUCACUUGUGUUUAACAUGAAUCUACAUGUAAAGGACAGAUACUCACUCCCAGUACGCU